AUGUCCGCCGCGCCACCGCAGACCAACGGCAUCACGGCCUCUGCCCCGACCGCCCCCGCGGCGAUUAACCACGCCCAGGGUGCGGCCCCCACCGGUGGCCCGUCCUCGACGUCACAGCCCACGGGCGCCGCCGCGCCGCGACCUCGCGACGCCCGCCUCGUUGAGCUGCUGCUGACCUCGCAGGGCGUGACCGCGUACGAGCAGCGCGUGCCCCUCCUUCUCCUCGACUUUGCCUACCGCCACACCUCGUCCAUCCUCAACGACGCGCUGCACCUGGCCGGCGACCCCUACGUCUCCCAGGCCGGCGCGAAGCCGUCGGCCAGUGCGGGUGCCAGCGCCGCGGCCCCUGGCGACGCCGCUGUCUCCGCCAACGCCAUCAAGCUCUCUGUCGCCGCACGCCUCGGCUAUCAGUUCCGCGGCGGCAGCUCCGGCGGCGGUAUCAGCAAGGAGUACAUGCAGGAGCUCGCCCGCGAGCGCAACAAGGUCGCUCUCCCGCGCAUCGUCGCCCACGAGUGGGGCGUGCGCCUGCCCAGCGAGCGCUUUGUCCUCAGCGGUACCAGCUGGGGCCUGCAGGACGUCUGGGACGAGAUUGGCGACGAUGAGGUGCCGGAAGCGACGGGCGACGCGAUGGAGGGUAUACAAGGCCCGGCACCAGAAGAUAUCGGUGGCGAUGGCGUCGAGGGCGGCACUGUGGAGGAUAUGUUUGGUGAUGACGUCGAUGAAGAAAUGGCCGAAUAA